UAACACUAAUCUUGACCGGCAAACGGUAAAUAAAAUAGCUAAUAUUUUUUCCAUUGUCCAGUAGAUAAACCGGCUGCAAGUCUUUUCUUGGGUGUGUUCUGGAAUUUGAGUGUACUCAAACAUUAAUCGGUCUUUUCUAUUCGCACGUGUUGUUAUCGAGUGAAAAUGGCGCUUUUCGGUGCAACAGCAACACUGUUACGAGGCUGCUGCCGCCAGCAACGACCGCUCGCCAUCUUGGCAAAAAAAUCGAAUUUUCUACAAACCGGAAUCGAAGUCGGGCAGCUUCAUUUUGAAUUUCAGUCUCAAAUAGGAUUUCUUGGUGUUCGUUUCGUAAGUAAUAGCAGUAAAAGCAAUAAGGGCAAAAUGGGUCUUCCCCGUGUAUUUUUUGAUAUGACUGCUGACGGACAGCCGCUUGGACGCAUCGUUAUGGAGCUUCGAACAGAUGUUGUGCCCAAAACUUCCGAGAAUUUCCGUGCCUUGUGCACUGGUGAAAAAGGUUUCGGCUAUAAAGGAUCGUGCUUUCAUCGAGUCAUACCGAAUUUCAUGUGCCAAGGCGGUGACUUCACACAACACAAUGGCACUGGCGGCAAAUCAAUCUUCGGCAAUAAGUUUGAUGAUGAAAAUUUCACUUUAAAACAUACCGGACCCGGCAUUCUAUCCAUGGCCAAUGCUGGACCAAAUACCAAUGGAUCGCAGUUUUUUGUAUGUACCGUGAAAACUACAUGGUUGGACAAUCGCCAUGUCGUGUUUGGACAGGUGGUGGAAGGAAUAGAUGUUGUGAAACGUAUCGAAGCACUUGGUAGUCAAUCGGGCAAAACAUCUAAGAAAAUUCUCAUCGAAGAUUCAGGACAAUUGGAAUAAAACAAUUCAAAGAUUUACAGAUUUCGAAUAAUUUGUGUAAAUUAUGUGAACUUAUAUUAAAUUAAAUUAAACUA